GAUUACUCCUGACUGACUGACUGAGUCUGUGAUCAACUCGUCUGUCCUGUCGGCACGUGUGAUUUCAGAGCAGCGGUGUUUUGUUGGAUCGUCUGUGUUCUGAACUAUGGAAAGUGUGGUGCAAUCCCGAAUCCCACCAGAGCAAAGCAAAAUUUUGGGAGUUGAGUCUCAACAUGGAGCAGCAGCGGAUGCUUUUACCAAAGCAUUCCUCAAGAACAGCCUUCCCCAAGUGAAGGAUGAAGAAAUCGAGGAAAUUAUGAUGCGCAAGGCAGUGGUCCUGGAAUAUAAAAGACCGAUGAAGAAGAAGGGAAAGACGAGAAAGGCCAAGGGACUGAAUGCCAAAGAAAGAAGACAGCUUAAAAUAUUCCAGCUCAAACCUGAACAUCAGAAAUAUGAACUCUUCUUGCCUCUGCAUGAGCUCUGGAAACAGUACAUCGUGGAUCUAUGUAACGGAUUGAAACCAGGAAGCAACCCACAGAUGAUCCAGCAGAAGCUCUUGAAAGCUGAUUUCCAUGGUGCUGUCUUAACAGUUGUCCGAUCAAAAUGCCCCUCGUAUGUGGGUCUAACUGGCAUCUUGGUACAGGAACUGAAGCAUGUCUUCAAAAUCAUUACAAAGGAGGACAAACUAAAAGUUAUACCGAAGAGGAAUAGUGUGUUCGGUGUGGAGAUCGGGGAUUUCGUAACGCACAUCUAUGGCAGCAAGUUUGAACUGCGCUCCAGUGAGCGCUCGGCGAAGAAAUUUAAAGUGAAAGGAACUAUUGACUUGUAAUGGGAAGUCUUAAACCUCAUGUCAGCUUUAACUGAGGGCUCAUACUGGAGAAUUAAGAGACAACAUUUAAUCAUUAUGGGUUUCUUAGCUUCUUCUUCUUAUUGUUAUUACUCCCUUUUUUAUGCUUUGACUCUGCUCAGGCAUGAAACUACAGUAUAUAGUGCAUUUAGGAAAAGUAGUAGUUUUUGAUUGUCCACCAGAGGGAGCCCUUAUGAAAGAGAAGGGAGGAAGAAUGAAUUUUAACCUCCUCAGUUCUCUCUCUCUCGCUCUCUUUAAUCCCUGGUUCCUGUCACUUAAUUUUUAUACAAGGUUCCCACAAACUCUUUAUUUAUAUAUUCAAGGGUAUUCAGCACUGCUAAUGCUAAAAAUAAAAAUAUUACAAAUGAACAUCAUACUUCCCUAAGAACAUCAUAAAAAAUAUUUAGUUAAUGUUAUGUUACAUGGUAAGAUAGUAGAUCCACAAUAAUAAUUCAAUAGUACAAUGAUUUCCUAAAGUCGGAGGUAUUCAAGUCGGUUAUAUAAUGUUUAUUUUCAUACAACUUUAAGCGAAGUGUUGUUAGAAGCAGUGUUUUCAGACUUGUUCUUGAACAAGCACCACUUCAGCUCUCUAGUUGAAAUGGCACGAAGUAAAAAUUGGAAUAAGUUGUGUGGUUUUGUUUCACUGUAUGUUGUAAUAUUUGCCUGCUUACAAAAAAGGGCCUCUAUUUUCCCACAGUGAAACUGGGCCUGAUACUUAGUCAAGGUUUUUUCCUUGUUAGGUGACUCAAACACCUCUUCCAGUAAUUCCAGGGAAUUCCAUCCUUCCUAUACGAGACACAGAACAGCUUUUCUAAUUAAAUGUGUAAGAGUUUCUUUAAUAAUUAAUUAUAGAUUUAUUGCUUAGUGCUAAAUAUCAAAUAAUGACCUUUUUUUCUGAGGGUAUAUUACAGAUUUAGAACAGUGUUUGAUUGAAAGGAAGCUGAAACCCAUUGACUGCUGAGAUACGACAACCGUGGAGGUCCCCAUUCUUGCAGUUACACAAAGUCUGUUCAUCAUUAUGUCGUGCAAUGUCUUUUAUGAAGAAAGAGGUGCCGUUACGUUAUAUGUUGUCUCCUCUGAAAUCACUGUGUUGCAUCAUAUGGGCACUUCCUCUAAAUCACUUUUUUAUUUUUACAAAAACACAUUAUAGCCUAUUAAUUGUCACACAUAAAGUUUCAGAUUGUGCUGUGCAUUAAACUGAUAGACCUUGCUCAUAAAA